AUGCCCAUUGUGCGUCGUUGUUGUUGGGACCACACGACGCUGCCGUACGUUCCGGCGCGGCCGUGUUUGUUGUACUACCUCAUUCCUGGCGACCCCGUGCCGCGGGUGGCGGUGCCUAAUGCCCGCGGCGAGUACCCGCAGUUGAUGCCAGGCAUGCCGUACCUUGAGGAGUUGAGCGAGGAGGACGUGGGAGAGGGUGAGGGGGCUGAACGGCUCACCGUGCCGCUGCUGGAGUUUGCCCCACCACCCCUUCGGGCAGACGCAGCCUCACAGGUAGACUGGAACGAGCUGCCCGUGCCGCCCCCGGCGCAUCUGCAGCGGUUUGCAGCCCCACCGCAGGACGAUGGAAAAUGA